AUGGCGAAGAUUGGCGAGCAGAUGCGCCCACAGAAAGCUAAAGUCACGGCAUGGCGAGCGCUCAGAGAUAGAUUACCGACGUGUGCAAACUUGAGAAAGAGAAAUAUCAUGAUCGAUGAAGUUGAGAUGAACUGUAACGCAUGCUUCGAAUCAGUUGAGGACAUUAACCAUACUCUUCUCUGUUGUCCGAAGGCUUCGGCAAUUUGGGAUGGUAUCUCAAGGUGGAUUGGUUUCCAAACGGCCCGACCGCAAGUCGUGCAGGAUCACUACCUUGCUUUAUCUCAUUUGGGCAAUGGUAAGAAGAGUAAGAAGUUCUUGAAGUCUCUUUGGGUGUGCACAGUGUGGAUUCUUUGGAGACAUAGGAAUGCAAGCAGAUUCGAUCGAAAGGGGUGGGACAUCCCUGAGGUGGAGAACCUUGAGAUUGAGGACAUUGUUGGAGAGGUUGAGAUAGAUUAA